CCGCCUCCACGGCCCCCGCUUCCGCUUCCUGCCGCCGGGAGUCAGGACCGGGUCCGGCAGAGAACCGGCUCCCCCGGCGCACCGCCAACCCGCCAUGGCCAGCUACACCAAGGCGGCCCAGCAAUGGGCUACUUUUGCCAGAGCCUGGUAUCUCAUAGAUGGGAAGAUGCAACCACCUGGAAAACUUGCAGCCAUGAGUGUAAUCAGACUUCAGGGGAAGCAUAAGCCUGUGUAUCAUGCACUAAGUGACUGUGGAGACCAUGUUGUCAUAAUAAACACGAGACACAUUGCAUUUUCUGGGAACAAGUGGGAACAGAAAGUGUAUUCUUCUCACACAGGUUAUCCAGGUGGCUUAAAACAAGUGACAGCAACGCAACUUCACCUAAAAGAUCCAACAGCAAUUGUUAAACUGGCUAUUUAUAGAAUGCUUCCAAAGAACCUGCACAGAAGAACUAUGAUGCAGAGGCUGCACCUCUUUCCAGAAGAUGUUAUCCCAGAAGACAUACGUAAUAAUCUUGUAGAGGAGCUUGCUCAGCCACGCCGAAUCCCCAAAAGGUUAGAUGAAUACACACAAGAAGAAAUAGAUGCCUUCCCAAUGCUCUGGACUCCACCUAAAGAUUAUCGAAAGAUGUGAAAAAGAACUGAAAGAGGAACUGCUGUCUUUCCUGCAAAAGAUGAGUUCCAGCAUCACAUUAACUUGGAAACCCACAUGCAUCUUAAUCAUCCAUUCUAUGUAGAGGACAGAUUUUUUUUCAGGUACAAGGAAAAUUUUGUUUGGGGAAGAUCAGUCAUCUUUAGUGCAAUGGAAACACCAAGCUAAACACUGAUAUAAUAUUUCUGACAUUUCCUGCUCCAGAACGUAUUGCAUGAAUCUGGCCUUUAAUUUUGAAUGUUAAUAAAAUGAUUUUAUUUCUCUA